CCACCUGUCGGUGAAGGACAAUUUUGAUGUAGUGAGGACCAUUUGAAAUGGAAGGAUAGGAAAAGGGAAGAAGGACCGUUUGAAAUGGAAGGAUAGAAAAAAAGGAAAAAAGGAUCGUUUGAAAUGGUAGGAUAGAAAAAGAUAGACGUCAUGCACAGAUGAGAGGAAGAUAUAAGAAAAAAUAUAGAUGAAAUUUGUUAGUUAGUAGUUGAAAAUAUAGACCAUUGAAUUCGUGAACAUCACAAGCAAAAAUUUAAAUCCCGUGAUAGUAGCACAAGAAUACUGUCGGUCAGAACGGACGGUGUCGGAUUGUUCAAGUUAAGCUUUAAACGGAAUAGUAUUCCACCUGCACAAUUGUUGGGAAGAAGAAGGAUUACGUAUUGAACCGAUGUAAGUAGCGUAUAAGUUUCCUAGGGCAUUUCAUUAAUAAAGCUCCACAGCUUUUAGCUGAUUCAUGCUGAAAAGCCGUUUAUUCAAUCCACCCAACAAUCUAAAAGAUCGUCCAAGAUAACCACGAAGCAAUGCCGAAUUGUACAGGAAGUGCCCCCACCGUGGAAACACACUGUAAUCAGUGUAAUGAACCUGACACGGAUCGGAUGGUAAGCUGUUGUCACUGUGAUUCGUGGUGGCAUUUUUCCUGUGUGGGUGUGAACGACAGCAUUGAUGCGACAGACCGACCGUUUACAUGCCCAAACUGUCAGAGACCGUCGGCACAGAUUCCGGUGAUUGAUGCACCCGGAAGCAAGGCUAACAGCAAAGCAGGAACGAGCACUUCAACCUGUAGUGCUGGAGCAAUAAGGGCUCGCCUACAGCUCGAGAGACUUGAGGCCCAGAAGGCUUUGGCGAUUAAGCGUAUAGAGUUGGAGCGCCGGGAGCACGAGCGGAAGAUGGAGCAAGAGAAGCAGAAAAAGGAAGCAGAGUUUGAGCGGAGGCAAUUGCAGCUAGAGCAGGCGGUAAUGAACGAGUCAUUCCGUUUGAGAGAGGUGAUUGACCUAGGUGGGGAAGGCGAUGAAGACAACCGGAGUGUCGCCUCAGUGCAGAGUUCCUUCAGCAAGGUACAGCAGUGGAAGGUCGCCCAUUCGACGUUGGUUGUCCCGACGGAGAAGGCUCCAGCUAUUGGUACGAGUAAUGCGACGACAGCAACUGGAAUACAAGCUAGGCAGGACGCCAUGCAGCAACCAACUAGCAUUAACGAGGGUAUUCUAGAAGCAGCGUUGGCAGGUAUUUCGUUAGGGCAGUCAGGGUUGGAGCCAACGUUAGGGGGUAUUAUCGGUCGAGCCGAAAGCACAACAGCGCCAAUAGUUGGUAGCGGUCAGGCUAACAUUUUCUCGGUUACCUCCGCGCUCGCCGGGCCUAGCAAAGGCAUCGCAAAUGUAAUCCCCAAGCAGCAUGCUUUCCAAAACUAUCCCUUUCCUCUCACCCAGCCUCCUCCAGCAGGCAAUUCGUUUGUCAUUCCGCGAGUUGGUAAUCCGAAUUUUGCAAUCGCCGCGCAAUCGACCGCAGUGAAUAGAGAUAGUGCAGGCCCAAUUAGAGGUCCAGUGACAGUGGAAGAAUUACUGGGAGGAGAGUAUUCCCAGUCGUACGCCGGCCAACCGUUACCGUCUGUGAUCCCCACUGAGCAAAGGUUUUCGAGAAGGCAGACGGUGCCACCAGGAAUCCAAUUGGGACCGCAGGAGCAACCACGGUUUGCGGAGUUCCAGGCUGGUGCGCAGCAACCUCCGUUGCAUGACGAGCAGGCGUAUUGGGGACCGACACCACGACAAUUGGCGGCAAGACACGUGAUGAACAAGGAGUUGCCAAUCUUUUCUGGUAAUCCGGAGGACUGGCCGCUAUUCAUUAGCUCGUACGUUAACUCUACUCAGACGUGCGGGUUUUCGAACGAGGAAAAUUUGGCGAGGUUGCAACGGUGUUUGAAGGGGCACGCACUUGAAUCGGUGCGGAGUCGACUGUUGCUACCGGCGAGCGUCCCAAAUGUUUUAGCUACGCUGGAGACACUUUAUGGUAGACCGGAAUUGUUGAUCCAUGCGUUGUUGCAGAGGAUCCGAGGGGUACCUGCGCCAAAACAGGAAAGACUAGAUACGCUAAUCGGUUUCGGUAUGGCGGUGCAGAAUUUUUGUGAUCAUCUGGAAGCCGGGAGGCAUGAAGCGCAUCUCAACAAUCCGAUGCUACUGUUCGAGUUGGUAGAGAAGCUUCCAGCACAUAUGAAACUGGACUGGUCGCUAUACAAGCAGCGCUGCGGGGAAGUGAACCUGCGUUCUUUCUCGCAGUAUAUGCAGACGCUCGUGCGAGCGGCAUCCGACGUGACCGUGAACUACGAUCCUAGGCCGCAACCUGUACAGCAGCCGCGAAUAGUGAAGGAGAAGAACGGAAAGGACAAAAACUUCUGCGGAACUCACUCAAUGGAGGAUUCUUCUUUGAUGGCGACGAACAAAGAAGCAUCUGGCGUUACGAUGCGCCCAUCAAGCCCAGCGUGUUUCAUUUGCAAAAACCCGGGGCAUCGGGUAAAAGACUGCUCAGAGUUCGACAAGAAAACGGUCGAUGAACGCUGGGAGACAAUACAGAAACUCGGCUUGUGUCGGCUCUGUCUUGGAGCACACGGAAGGCGCCCCUGCAAGAAUCGCAAGCAAUGCGAUAUCGACGGGUGUCAACGGCGUCACCACCCUUUGCUGCACUCCAAACGGGACACAAAUGAAGCCCAGCAGGCCAGGGAAAACGGAAAGACGCCAGGAAAUGGCUGUAAGAAGUUUGGGAACGACGGAAAUUCGGCGAAGAAUGGGUCCAGGCAAGUAUCGAAUGAAGCUAAGCCAAGUAGUUCCAAAGCUGUCACCAACCAUCAUUCCGCUGGGAAGACUACGCUUUUUCGUAUUAUUCCAGUGACUUUGUAUGGGAACAAUCGAUCUGUGUCCGUGUAUGCUUUCUUGGACGACGGCUCGGAGAGAACGCUGAUUGACGAAGAGUUGGUAAAGGACCUUGGGGUUGUAGGAGAUCCGCAACCAUUGUGCUUGCAGUGGACGGCGAACGUGAAGAGGUCAGAAGCUAAUUCUCAACGGGUCGCAUUGGAAAUAGCAGGACGGUCAGGAGCAUCCAAACAUUCUUUGUCGGACGUGCGCACCGUAAGCAAGCUGGACUUACCACGACAAUCCUUGCGGUACGCGGAACUCGCAGAAACCUUUCCGUACCUAAAGGGCCUACCGAUCGAUGAUUACGAUCAAGCGGUACCGCGCAUCCUCAUCGGAAACGACAACGCUCACGUUACAUCGACACUCAAGCUACGAGAUGGCCGACCGGGAGAGCCGAUAGCAGCAAAAUCACGUUUGGGAUGGACGGUCUACGGAUCCAACCAGGACAAGUCAGGGGAUAUCGUUCAUAGUUUCCACAUAUGCGAGUGCCAGGAGGCCGAGCAGACCCUACAUGAGCUCGUGGAGAAGUUUUUCUCAGUCGAGAGUCUGGGUAUAAUGGAAGUCGCCCAUCCUGAGUCCGCGGAAACUCAACGAGCAAAUCGGAUCCUGAUGGAAACUACUAAGCGGGUCGGACAGCGAUUCGAAACUGGGCUUCUCUGGAAGUACGAUAGCUUCGAGUUCCCGGACAGCUACCAGAUGGCGGUUCGACGACUGCAGUGUUUGGAAAGGCGUAUGCAGAGGGAUUUACUCAUCGGCGAAAGUGUGAGGAGACAGCUUUCUGAGUAUCAAGCGAAAGGGUACAUACACAAAGCGACCCGGAAGGAGCUCGAUGAUUCAGAUCCACGGCGUACGUGGUACUUACCUUUAGGAGUGGUCAUCAAUCCCAAGAAGCCGUCCAAGGUUCGUAUCUUCUGCGAUGCAGCGGCCAAAGUGGAUGGAGUCGCACUCAACACGAUGCUGUUGAAAGGGCCGAAUCUGCUAAAUACGUUGCUCAAUGUUCUAUACGGUUUCCGGGAGAAACGGGUCGCUCUGUGCGCGGAUCUGAAGGAGAUGUUUCACCAGAUUUGGAUUCGACGAGAAGAUCGACAUGCGCAACGACUGCUUUGGCGAGAUGAUCCUACACAAGCCCCCGAUGUGUAUUUGAUGGACGUCGCAACGUUUGGUGCAACGUGUUCACCGUGUUCGGCACAAUUCGUGAAGAAUUUGAACGCUAAGGAGCAUUCAAGACAGUAUCCAGUUGCAGCCGACGCAAUUAUCCGGAAGCACUACGUGGAUGACUACUUGGACAGCGCUGACGACGUUGACGAAGCGGUGAAGCUGGCACAUGAAGUCAAACUGGUCCACUCUCUCGGCGGAUUUCAUCUGCGGAACUGGCUUUCAAAUUCCACCGAGGUUCUCGCACGGGUCGGGGAGAGAGACCCAGUCACAGAAAAGUGUCUCCAGCUGGACAAGAACAGUUCAACCGAACGCGUGCUCGGGAUGUACUGGAAGCCGGUCGACGAUGUCUUCACGUUUACAACGACGCUAGCGGUGGGUGCGGAGCAUCCAACUAAGCGCCAGGCACUGCGAGUAGUGAUGAGCCCAUUCGAUCCGGCAGGAUUGUUGUGUUUUUUCCUCAUACACGGCAAGGUACUAAUCCAGGAGCUGUGGAGGGCGAAGACGACAUGGGAUCAACUAAUUCCGGAGGAGUUACUUGGGAAGUGGAUGCGGUGGACGAGUUUGUUCAAACAUCUGGACCAGAUUAGCAUUCCGCGUUGCUACUUUCCGCAACGUUCGGUGAAAGAUAUCUUGUCGCUGCAACUGCAUAUCUACGUGGAUGCUAGCGAAGAAGCUUAUGCGUGUGUCGCUUACUUUCGGGCGGUAUUUCCGGAUGGGAUUUCUGUUGCGUUAGUCGGUGGGAAAUCCAAGGUGGCUCCACUGAAGGCACACUCCAUCCCACGGUUGGAGUUGAUGGCAGCGGUAAUCGGAGUUCGCUUGAUGAAGACCAUCCUCACUGGGCACUCGCUCGUAGUCGAGAAGACAGUGUUAUGGUGUGACUCUAAGACGGUGCUGGCUUGGAUAAAUUCAGAUCAUCGAAGAUAUCGCCAGUUCGUAGCUUGCCGAGUAGGUGAGAUUUUGUCCAAGUCGGAGGCGAAGCAAUGGCGUUGGAUAUCAUCGAGAAAGAACGUCGCCGACGAUGCGACAAAGUGGGGAAAAGGGCCGUGUUUGUCCUCAGGCGGCCGUUGGUUCCGUGGUGACAACGAUUUAUAUUUGCCAGAAGAUCAAUGGACCGUAGAUGCAGAUUCAGUCGGCGCGACGACCGACGAAGAGCUGAGGUCGUGUUUGGUGCACAAGGAGGUUAUCGUACCGCCACAACUUGUGAGGUGGGAGCGAUUCUCGAAACUGACGCAUUUGUAUCGAUCGGUAGCACAUGUUCAUCGCUACGUACAAAAUCUACGGCGAACGGUAAAACGAGAGACUCGACUGGACGGACCACUCACUCAAGAGGAAUUAGCAACAGCCGAAACCACAAUCUUUCGUUGGGUGCAGUGUGAGCAGUAUCCGGACGAGGUGGCGACUUUGUCAGUAAUGCGGGACAAGCAGCCAGGACAACAGGCGCGGCUAGAGAAAACCAGCAAAAUAUACAAACUCUCCGUACUUGGACGAAUGACUAGACUGCUGGUUGAAUGGUACCACCAACGAUUUCUUCACGCCAAUGGCGAGACUGUCGUGAACGAAGUGAGACAGCGUUUCCACAUAUCGCAACUGCGCCCGUUCGUGCGUAAGGUGGCUAAAGAGUGCGCCUUGUGUAAAGUCAAGAAGCCAAGUCUGGCGACACCCCGAAUGGCUCCACUCCCGGCGGCCAGGUUGCAGGCGUACGUACGUCCAUUUUCCUACGUAGGCGUCGACUAUUUCGGGCCGAUCGGCGUGCGGGUGAACCGAAGUAUUGCAAAACGAUGGGUAGCUCUGUUCACGUGUAUGACCACACGAGCAAUCCAUCUCGAAGUCGCUCACACACUUUCAACGGAAUCUUGCAAGAUGGCGAUCAGGCGUUUCAUCGGACGCAGAGGAGCACCUGUGGAGAUCCGCAGCGACAGGGGCACAAAUUUCGUGGGAUCGAGCAACGAACUUAAGCAGGAGAUGGGCAAAAUCGAGCGCCAGCUUGCCGAAACGUUCACCAACGCGAACACGAAAUGGGUGUUUAACCCACCUGGAUCACCUCACAUGGGUGGCGCCUGGGAGCGUCUAGUGCGGUCGGUGAAAACCGCUCUUGCUGCAAUGGAGUCUUCUCGAACGCCGAACGAAGAAACGCUGGCAACGUUGCUAGUGGAAGCUGAGAGUGUGGUCAAUUCGAGACCGCUAACAUAUAUUCCUCUGGAGACGGCGCAACAGGAGGCUCUAACACCGAACCACUUUCUUCUAAUGAGCUCGAGCGGCGUAACGCAGACUCCGAAGACGCUUACGGAUCCAAGACAAGCCUGCAGGAGCGACUGGAAUCUAUGCCGUACAAUGGUAGAUCAGUUUUGGCGCCGGUGGGUGCGGGAAUAUCUUCCUACCAUCGCACGUCGUACCAAGUGGUUUGAGGAGACAAAACCGAUCGAGGUAGGAGAUUCGGUGAUCAUCGUGGAGGAGAAGAUACGCAACGGAUGGAUUCGAGGACGUGUAGCCAAGGUCGUGGUGGGCCGAGAUGGGCGAGUUCGCGAUGCCGUGGUGCAGACUCCCGACGGAAUGGUGCAUCGACCUGUAGCAAAGCUGGCGCGGAUCGACAUAGAAAAGGUGGGGCUUCAGCCGGGAACAGCAGAAGGUAAAGCUGAACCGGAGAUAGCUAACCAGCCUUACGGGUCGGGGAGUGUUACGGUAUGUCCCGCUGACCCCUUCCAACUCCACGGUCGACCACCUGUCGAUGAAGGACAAUUUUGA